UUAAAGAUGGCCGGAGCGGCGGCGGCGGUGGCCGCGGGAGCAGCAGCUGGAGCGGCCGCGGCAGCCGUGUCGGUGGCGGCUCCGGGCCGGGCCUCGGCGCCCCCUCCGCCCCCGCCGGUGUACUGUGUGUGCCGGCAGCCGUACGACGUGAACCGCUUCAUGAUCGAGUGCGAUAUCUGCAAGGACUGGUUCCACGGCAGUUGUGUUGGAGUAGAAGAACACCAUGCUGUUGACAUUGACCUGUAUCACUGUCCCAACUGUGCACUUCUACAUGGCUCUUCCUUGAUGAAAAAGAGGAGGAACUGGCACAGGCAUGACUACACAGAAGUUGAUGAUGGUUCCAAACCAGUACAAGCUGGAACCAGGACUUUCGUCAAAGAGUUACGUGCUCGAAUCUUCCCAAGUGCCGAUGAGAUCAUUGUGAAGAUGCAUGGCAGCCAGCUGACACAAAGAUACUUGGAGAAACAUGGAUUUGAUGCCCCUAUCAUGGUCCCUAAAUUAGAUGACCUAGGACUCCGGCUUCCUUCUCCUGCUUUCUCUGUGAUGGAUGUGGAACGUUACGUAGGUGGUGACAAAGUGAUAGAUGUUAUUGAUGUGGCAAGACAGGCAGACAGCAAAAUGACCCUUCACAAUUAUGUUAAAUACUUCACGAAUCCUGACAGACCAAAAGUGUUAAAUGUGAUCAGCCUUGAAUUUUCAGACACAAAAAUGUCUGAAUUGGUGGAAGUCCCUGAUAUAGCAAGAAAGCUUUCCUGGGUGGAAAACUAUUGGCCAGACGAUUCAGUCUUUCCCAAACCAUUUGUUCAAAAAUACUGCUUAAUGGGUGUUCAAGACAGCUACACAGAUUUCCACAUUGACUUCGGUGGAACAUCAGUCUGGUACCACGUCCUCUGGGGCGAGAAGAUUUUUUACUUGAUAAAGCCAACAAAUGAAAAUUUGGCACUCUAUGAAUCUUGGAGUUCAUCUGUGACCCAGAGUGAGGUAUUCUUUGGAGAUAAAGUGGAUAAAUGCUACAAAUGUGUGGUAAAGCAGGGACAUACCUUAUUUGUUCCUACAGGGUGGAUCCAUGCUGUGCUCACGUCUCAGGACUGUAUGGCUUUUGGGGGAAACUUUCUGCACAACCUUAACAUCGGCAUGCAGCUCAGGUGUUAUGAGAUGGAAAAAAGGCUAAAAACACCAGAUCUUUUCAAAUUCCCUUUUUUUGAAGCCAUAUGUUGGUUUGUAGCCAAAAAUUUGCUGGAAACCUUGAAAGAACUGAGAGAAGAUGGUUUCCAGCCUCAGACUUACCUAGUACAGGGAGUGAAAGCACUGCAUACUGCUUUAAAAUUAUGGAUGAAAAAAGAACUUGUAUCUGAGCAUGCCUUUGAAAUUCCAGACAAUGUUAGACCGGGGCAUCUUAUUAAGGAACUUUCUAAAGUAAUUCGAGCAAUAGAGGAAGAAAACAGCAAACCAGUUAAAUCUCAGGGAAUUCCUACUGUGUGUCCAGUUGCACGGUCCUCAAAUGAAGCAACUUCCCCCUACCAUUCCCGACGGAAGAUGAGGAAGCUCCGGGAUCACAAUGUCCGAACACCUUCCAACCUGGACAUCCUGGAGCUCCACACGAGGGAAGUCCUCAAGAGAUUGGAGAUGUGCCCAUGGGAAGAGGACACACUGAGCUCAAAACUGAAUGGAAAAUUCAACAAACAUCUCCAACCAUCUUCCACGGUACCUGAAUGGAGAGCAAAAGAUAAUGAUCUGCGAUUACUGUUGACGAAUGGAAGAAUAAUUAAAGAUGAGAGGCAGCCCUUCGCAGAUCAGAGUCUUUAUACAGCAGACAGUGAGAGUGAAGACGAUAAGAGAAGGACAAGGAAGGCCAACAUGAAAACAGAAGCGAGUUCAGAAAUAGAGGGGACGGAAAGGGAAGAACCUCCGAAACCACUCAACAGGCUUUUUACAAGUGUGAAGUCAGAACUCAGGAGCAGAUCAUCAGAAUAUUCUGAUAUUUCUGAUUCAGAAGACUCGGGACCUGAUUGCACUGCACUGAAAAUUAAUUUUACCACUGAAGAAUCUGAAAGUUCAGGUGAUGAAAAGAAACAAGAAGUAACAUCAAACUUUAAGGAGGAAUCUAAUGCAAUGAAGAACUUCCUUCAGAAGAGCCAGAAGCCAUCUAGAAGUGAAAUUCCAGUUAAAAGGGAGUGUCCUACCUCGACAAGCACAGAGGAAGAAGCUAUUCAGGGCAUGCUGUCCAUGGCAGGGUUGCACUAUUCCACAUGUUUACAAAGGCAAAUGCAAAGCACAGACUGCAGUGGUGCAAGGAACUCUCCCGAAGAUCCCAGCAGCUGCCCCAGCAGUAACCAUGAGGUUAGGCAGUCAUAUCGCUAUGAUAAACCAGUGGAAUGCGGAUAUCAUGUGAAGACUGAAGAGCAAGACUUGAGGACCUCUUCUUGGAUUAAACAGAUUGAUAGAACUUCCAAAUUUAAUCCUCAGGAUCUAAACAGAAACCAGAAAUGCAUCAAAAAGGAAGGUUCAUCAGAAGCAAGUCAGAAGGUGCAAAGUAGAAACUGUAUGGAGAGCAGUGGCACAGGCCUUCUGAGUGGAAACUGUGCACAGAAUUCCGGUGUGGCUGCAGGCAUGUGCCAGAUGAACAGCGGCAGUGUGAGCCCAGAGCGGCCAGCUGGAGAACCCUCCUUUUCAGUGCCCCUUCACCCCACCAAGAGACCUGCUUCAAAUCCACCACCUGUUAGCAACCAGGCAACAAAAGGCAAACGUCCAAAAAAAGGAAUGGCAACAGCCAAGCAGCGUCUUGGGAAGAUCCUUAAGUUGAACAGAAAUGGCCACGCACGCUUCUUUGUGUGAAUGAGCUGCUGUGGCGGCUGCGCCUCCCUUUGGAGCAGUGUGGGGCAGGAGCCUGGAGCUUUUGCCACCCCUGCCUGGAGCUGUUGGCGCGUACAGGAAGAACACUGCCUGAAGAGCAGAGCGACCCUGAUGCUGCAUCUUCACUGUGCCACACCCACUCAGCAAUAACCCUUUGGACCUGGUGGGGAGAGAGAGGAGGGUAGAACCUUAAAAAGAGACCUUGAACUGGAAAGGGUCUCUUGUCAGGGCUUGAAUUUCAUUUUGUUGUUGGUAGCAUCUUGAUUUAUUUUCAGUAGUAGGGUAAAGAAUUAUCAAUAAUUUAUUUAACAGAUUUUUUUAAAGUUAACAGCUUUUAAAUUUUUCUUUUUUAAAGCUAUUUAUUUGGAAGAUUUCUGGAGAAAUAUCUCACUAAUUUAGAUUUAAGAAUGUGAAGGUUUUUAAAUUAUUUUUGAUAGUGUGUGUGUUACAUGUGGGGAAGAGCCACGGUAACAGUAACUAGUCUGGACUCUUAAAUUUGAUAUUCAGGUUAAAGUCUUAAACAGGGAUUUGAUGCAUUAAUUAUUUUAAAUUAAGAUGUAUAUGAAAAUCAUUUUAUUUUAUAUAUUUCAUGUGUUUUUUAUAAGCUAUUAGCUUCGCUUUUGCUAACAUCCAAGGUGCAUACUGUUAUCCAGGUUGAUUCCCUUACACCCCUCCCUCUACAUCCCUCAUUUUGUGAUGACCCAACAAGAUUCUUCUCUUUGCAGGGAAAUACUUGCAUAGCCAAUGGCUAAGAGCUCCAUAAAAGACCCCACAUCACUCAUUUUCUUUGACAGUGUGGUUUUCUUCUAAAUAUAAGGAAAUAGGCUUCUUCUUGCAUUUUCAUUUUUGCUGAUAUCUGGGUCCCAAAGAGAACAGCUUUAAUAUCUUCUUCCUACUUGUGGGGAAAGUAUUAUAAGUUUGGUUAAAUGUCACGUUUCUAGUUUUUAAAGUACAUUGUAAGUACAGAGGGCCUUCUUCAGACUGCUGGUGUUGGAGGACAGGGCCAACACCUGCUGCAAGGAUUAUAUUUUUUGAUGCUUUUAUUUGCUAAUCCUAAUCUGUUGAGAAGUAUGAUUUGAUUUAGGUUAUUCAAAUCUUCAUAGUAAGCCGUAAUACAAUAGGAUUAUACUAUAUUAAGUUGUAUAGAAGCAAGCAUGUUGGAAUAGAUCUUGUGUAUGUGUUUACUUUUUUAUUUCUGAACAUUUUAAGGAAUUAUUUCACAUAAGAAUUUGGAGUAAAAUGGAUGCUUAUUGCAUUUAUUUCCAUCUAUCUUAACUUGGCCAGUACAUACUGAGAUUAAGGAUCAGGUUGAACUUUAAGGUAAUCGUUUAUCUCCUUUAUGUACAAUUUUUACUGAAUGGCAGUUUUUGGUUGCUUGUAAGAAUUUUUGUUUUCCCUUUUCCAUCUCAUGAUGUAAAAGUUAAUGACUGCUGAGGGUGAGGUGGAAAUUUUCCCAAGUCUAAAUAUGUAGCAUUUAAAAAAUUCCUACGAAGACAAAUAUGAUGAAAUUUAUUUUUAUGGAGAAGAAAUAUGGCCGUAUAAUGCAGCAUUUGUCUUUUUUUUUUUUUUAACUUGGGAUUUUCCGUCUGUAUUAAGUAUCACUUAAAUUGUUAAGAAAAAAGAAUCUAUACGAUCAUCUUUCAUGGUUGUAAUUGCCAAAGAGGAGUAUUACUCUGUCUUUUCCAGGUUUCAUGGCAUAACUAUGAAAGAGCUAAUGAAUUAGCCUUUUAGUCCAAUACUCUAGGUUUUAUUUGAGUAUCAGGAAGAAUAAUUUUAUGGAAAUCUUCAGUAUCUGUGAACAGCCUACUUAAACUCCAUCUACAUGAUUCUGUAACUAGUGGAGAUAUCUCAAGGUGCAAAUACUUAGAUUUGACAGAUGCCCUAACCUUCUCACACACUAUAUCACUGUGAUGUCUUGGUUUUCUAUAGACCAUGUUCUAAUGGGUCUAUAGUGAUCCAUAAUGGAUUUAAGAAAUAACUGUAAUUUUUUUUUCUAGUGACAUCAUGAUCUAGAUUUUUUUCUUUACAUUUUUCACAACUCUUAAGUGUCUUUACUUUUUUCUUUAGCUAUAUAAUUAGAACAAUUUAUUUUUAUGAAUUAAAAUUUUGGCUGGUAGCCAUCUUGUGUCCUAAGACUGAUAAAACACUAAUUUUGAGUAUCCAGUAUGUGGAAUUUUUAAGUGAAAGUAUUGUGGAUUCAUUGUUUGGCAGUUUUAGUCCAUUAACUGGCUAAGUUACAAAACUUUCACCAAGGUACUACAACCACUAGAAGAAAAUACAUGUGUCUUUUCUGAAUUGGAAAAAAUUCAACCAUUUGAUCCAGUGACUUCUAAUCAAACCUCAUAAACUUACCCAUGGUGAUGCUUCCAUUUAUCUCAUAGAGGUGGCUGGACUUUGAGGUAACUACUGCCAGUAAGUGGGCUCAGCUGUAAACGUAACAUUUUGUCUUUUCCUUCGUCUCACUUAUAAACCACAUAACAACUUAGGAAGACAGCAGUGAUAGUGUUUACCUAGUCAUAAGCAAAUGCAGUUAUGUAAAAUUGAAAAUAAUAAUUUAAAGUAUGCAACUUUAAUGAUAAUAGUAGUUUUCCUAUUAUUGAUUCAAGUAAGUAACUCAACCUGGAAUCCUCUGUACUGUAAUUCACAACAUCAUAUAACGUUAUACUCCCCAGUAUUGAUGAAUGAUGUAAAAAUACAAAGUUAGCAGUUUAUAGUAGAGUUCAGUAUCCUAGAAAUACUUGGGACCUCGUGAGUCCAGUUCAUUUUUGAACCAUAAAACAUUGAAUAUUCUGACAGAAACCGUAACUCAGAGAGGAGACAAGCCCACCUUUAUCAGUACUUAGCUCAAAUACUGUUCUAUUUUUUUAAUAAUCCUAAUGAUUGCCUUUUAAAAACUAAACUCUUGCUAUUUUUACUCAUAUGGAAUAGCAGGUAUUUACCAGAUACGAGCCUCUAGCACCAGGUAGUGCUGUAGUUGCAGUUCUGUUCUCUGCCCAUAAAAGGCUUCUCCAGGAAGUUAGCAGUAUUAUUUUUACUUCUAAGCAAACUUCAGCAGAAGAGAGCCUAUUGGGAAAAAAAAGCAUCACUUGAUUAGUUUCAGCUGAAAUAUACCACUGUAGAAGUAGAAAUAAAAGAGAUCUAAGUUCUUUAAAUUUUAACAAACAUUUCAUAAGUUAAUAACUUUCUGUCGGUGACAUGAGGAUCUCUUUAGCACAGAAGGAAGCAAAAGACAUGUUUUGGUCCAAGUUAUACCAUUUAUGUGUCAGUUGUGUGACCUGUAUGCAACUUAUGUCACUUACUUUCUGAGUCUGAGUUUCCUUAUUUUUAAGUUUGGACAAAACUGCUUAUUUUACUCUCCAGUGAAAAAAAGCAUUUCUUAAUCUAGUAACACUUCAUAGUUACACAUAAUUUAUCAUUAAAACUGAUGAAUGCACAUUUACAUACAUUUUAAGUGAAAAUUGCUAUUAUUCAUAAAACAUUUCAUUUCAAAUAUAUAUAUAUGCAGGGCAUGCUACCUAAAAAUCUGAUGAAUCUCUAACAAGGUGCUGAAUUGAAGUUGGAUUCCACACUUCAAGUAAAAGAAGUGAGCAGUUUUAUGGGUAGUGAGUGGGAAUGUUCAUCCCCAAACACAUGAAGAUAAUUCAGAGUAACUGAAAGUACUUUAGGUUUUUCUCAAAGAGAAAUUAGGAUGGUGCUGCUCCCCAGAUUUGACAUAUUCUUCAGGUCCUAGGUAGAGUGAAGUCAGCCAUGGGAUGGGAUUGAUUAAACAGCCACUCAGACCAGGAAAAAUUAAGAGUGGUCAACAAAUGGACUCCACAGAGACUGUUCUGGGAUGGGUGACGGAGGCAUAGGCAGAGAGCUCACUUGAACAGAGGAGGGAAGGAGACUCGGUUGGAUGUCUCCCAUAGAUGCCUGUGACAGUGACAAGACUGCUCCCUGAGAGUGACCCACUGUGCAGCUGCUAGAAGUGAAUGUUCUAGCAAUGAGUGUAGUUUCCACAUGGAGAGACAGGGCCUUCCUAAUAUAAAUUUAAACAUCUUUAAAAGUUUGUCUUUCUCAUGAAAUAGUAACCAAAUCCCUUCCUAUGGUAAGAGAAGCUCUUGCCCAGCAGGCAGAGGCCCUGGAUCUGAGCCCCAUAUAGGUGGAGUGGAGUGGGUACAGUGCCAGUCCUGUCUUUAUGAGCUACUUCUUCACCAGAAGCAAUCUCAAAGCCAAGUAUCACAACCUUUAGCCUAAAGCAAGGUAGUGAAUAAAGUGUAAACCAAGUAGGGCAGUGAUUUACCGAGGACACAGUGGACUAAGACCUCUGAUAUCUUGCUUCCUAAGACAGCCCCUGUUGCGUGAUGCUGCAGCCUCUGCCUGUAGUGAACAGGUCCAUGUGCUUCCUUAAAGGUAGGUGCAAGAGGGCAGCACUCCACACUCACUGUAAGUCGUUGGUGAAUAUAAUCUUAAUACUAAAUAGCCUUAUUGAAAACCCUUCCCUUAGUUUUUCAGUGAUUACACUGUAAGUCAAAUACUUGAUAUGCUUUACAUGAAUACUUUUAAACAGGUAAUAUCCUUAAGCAAAUGCCCAUUUCCAAAGCAAUUAAUUUAUUUUGAUUGAUUUUAUUCUUCUGUAGUCAUCCCUUCUCUUCACUGAGGAGGAGAAAAUGAUAGUCCCUUGAGUUAGAUUCUCCCUUUCACCUUGGUGCCCCUCUAAUGUCUUAAGGCUUUGUCUCAACAAGUGCAGCCUUACAUUUUUUGUUCAAACCUUUUUCAAACUAUUCAGUGACUCUUCCAACAAACUUACCUGCUCUGCACUAUUUCAAUAAUAAACCCUGGCUACCAAGUAGCCCAUGACCUCCAAGCAGUUUACCUAUGCAAGAACCACGACAGUCUGAAUUCACUUUGCUUUAUUUCAGGAAGCAGUUAUACGUAGAACUUAAUCACAGAAAAUUUGUUUUCACCAGUUUUAUUUUGGUCACUUCCUCUUCAAUAUAUCAGUUACUUUUCCCCAAGAUUUCUCACCAAAACAAUGAUCAUAAGUGCUAGAAUAUAUAAUGUUUUGCAGGAGUAAAAUAACCCUCACGUACCUACUUAUAUUUUUUUGAUGGAUUUUGGUUGGUAAAAGUUACCAGCAUUAAAUAUAAAUAUAUAAUAAGGAGUUGAUUCCUUGCCUAGAGUCAUUUCUUCCCUCUAAGCUUCAUAAGUAACGUUUUAUUUUUACAAACCAUACAUACAACUUCCACAUUAUAGUCAGGGACCUAAGGUGUAACUUGCUAAGUGAACCCCAAGGUUAUUUUAUCUUGCAAAAGAAACCUAAACCAAACUAAGGGCCUUACAGUUUAUGGUUAGACUGAAUCAAAAGCUAUAUAACCUCAGUUUUUCCAAAAACAGCUGCUGACUUCAAAAGCAAGUCACGCAGUUGUUACAUAUGAAAUAGCACUGACCAGGAAAUGCACAUGCAUCUUCGCAGGCUGUAUUUCCCUCAGAAAAGACUUUUCUACUUUUAAUAUAAAUUAAAGCCAUAACAGUUUCAUGCUGUAGAAAGAGGGUGAAAAGGUUCAUGUUAAGAGAUUAUAUAAUAUGAAUUUUCACAUUACUGUGAAAUGUCUAACUUUACCAGUGCUUCAGCAAGUUUUCUUUUGGAUGUUGGGGGGUUAGUGUUGGGAAGGGGGAGUAUUGGUUUUAGGGUUUUAACUGUGAACUUUGAAAAGGGGACAGUUGUUGGCUAUGGUAUUUACUAGUUUUGUAGUAAUGUUUUGCUAGCCUGACUGACUUUCCUUACUGGUCUUUUAUGCCCAUGGUCCCAGGUAACUGUUGCCUUCUCAUUGGGGGUGUCUGUGGGGUAGUGUCUAAUCUGUGUGUAGGCCGCCAGUGUGUGUGCACAUGUGUGUCCUUUGAGUACAGAAGCACACGUGUGACAGUGGAACGGAGCAUGGCUGGGGAGUGGGAUGCGGAAGCUUUAAGAGCAUUUUUUUCUGAUUCAUGACAGUAUUUCCCAUCUUUUGCCUGCAGGCAGGGAAAGUGUACAGUAUUUAUUUUGUUUCUGUUUUACCCAAUUUGUAAGUCUUUAAGUAGCUUACAUUGAUUAUUAUAGAAGACAAGUGACUUGUUUAAAGUUGUAUUUAGUAUUCUUUUCGAUUUAUGUACUUUAAAAUACUGAAAUUAAAAUUGUAUUACUUCUGUUUUGA